AUCCUCACUUGAUUCAGUGAUAGUGCAGAAACACUCCGGUUCUUAAGCCCAGCUUGGUAAAUCCUCUCCCGUUGCAGAGGACCCGAUGACACACAUAUAAGCACAGCUACUGAGAAUUCCGUUCAUCAAACUGAAUGUUCUUGUGUGGCACAACCCUGAACUCGAAAGGGGAGUAUAACGCCCAAUUUCUAAACUGAAAAGAGUAACAUAUGGUAUGUGAUCCAUCCAGUAAUACGUUGCUGAGCAGAGCUGAAGAACUUUGUUGAAAAAAAAAAGAAAGACAAAUGACACCUGCAGUACACUGCACAAUACAAUGGAUUUUGUAAGAUCAUUUUCACUCUUCAAACGAUGGCUUCUUUGAGUUUGUGGAUAGGUGACAUUUGGAGUUGGGCAUCUGGAGGGAAGCCGUGGAUAAAAGACUUAUUUAGCAGGGCUGCAGCAGCAAGAGGGGAUUAAUCGGUUCUUGCUUCUUGGAACAAAAACAAUCUUUAAGAUUUAAGAGGAGGAAAGGAAAAAUAACUAAGCCAUGGGGAUACAGCAUGUGCUGCUGCUUUUAAUAUACUUGGACCCCCUGAAUGUACUGCUCUGUGCGGGAACAACGACAAGAAACAAGAACGGGUCUCCGAGGCGGAAAGGGAAGGAGGUCAACAGCACUGUUAUUGCUCCAGUGGAACCCCCUAGGAAGGUUAAGCCGCUAAAACCAGAACACGAUACGUGCCUCGGUUAUUACGACGUGAGCGGGCAAUUUGAUAAAGAAUUUGAAUGCAAUAACACCAACCACCGUUACUGCUGUGGGAGUUGUUACCUACGCUUCUGCUGUGAUGAGAAAGUGAAAAGAAUCGAUCAAAAGAGCUGUAGGAAUAUUGCAAGUCCGGACUGGAUCCAACCCACUGUGCCUGGACCGCCAGAGCCUACAGACAAUAGUUAUGACCCCAAUUUGGAUCAAACCAACACAACAGUCUACAUCACCUGCGGUGUAAUCAUUUUUGUCAUCAUCGCUGGAGUCGCCGCAAAAGUUGCUUAUGAUAAAGCAACACGACCACCUCAGGAAAUGAAUGUUCACAGAGCCCUUGCAGACAUUUUAAGGCAACAAGGAGCCAGCCCUAUACCAUACUAUGAGCGAGAAAAAAUAACGGCAAUAGAUGGAUCAUCCAAAGAAAACACACCUGUUCGUACUUCCAAAAACCAUUACACACCAGUCCGUACAAUGAAAAGCAACCACGGAGGGCACUACGGAAAGGAUAACUUCAGAAGCGGAGGGCCUGAUCUGCACAACUUCAUCUCAUCAGGAUUCGUGACAUUAGGAAGGGGCCAACAAAAAGGAGACCAGCAGUGGCCAGUGCAGUUGCUGUCCCAAUGCGGUAACCAUCAACACAGUUAUAACCACUUGGUACUUACAAGUCCAACGCACACACCUCCAAAUGAAAACCCUCGGAUGAUGAACAGCAUUCUUACUUCAGCAACCGAACCCUACGAUCUAUCUUUCUCCAGCUCAUUCCAGAGUCUAUCUCACCUCCCACCGUCCUAUGAAUCCGCGGUUAAAGCUGAUAUAAGUAAAUAUUCCUCUCUGAAGAGAUUAACUGACAAGGAAGCCGACGCAUACUAUACAAGAAGACGACACCUUCCUGACUUAGCUGCCAGAGGAACUCUCCCACUGCACGUCAUACAAAUGAAUCAAGACCAACAGAGCAAUUACAGAGAAAGGCCGAGAAAGUUUCAGCGGGCUAUGUCACAGGACAGAGUUCUAUCACCGGAGAGGGUUCCUCCUCCACGAGAAUACGGAGGCCGCAUCCUUUCUGACGAGCAACUCCUGUCUGCUGAGCGGCUUCAUUCCCAGGACCCCCUCCUUUCCCCUGAUAAGGUGAUGUCCCUCAAACGCUCUGGCUUUCGUGAAAAGGCCAUGUCUCGAGCCUUGUCUCACACAGAUGUAUUUGUGUCGACGCCGGUCAUGGACCGAUACAAGAUGACAAAAAUGCACUCUCAUCCUAGUGCCUCAAACAAUGUGUAUAACACUUUGACCACGAACCAGACUUCCAACAAGCGGCAGGCCUUUGCUUCACGACGGACCCACACAGUAGAGCAGCUCCACUACAUCCCAGGACACCACCACCACUACCGCACAGCGAGCAAAACUGAAGUAACUGUUUAACGAGAGAGCAUAAAACAACAAAAAAGAUCCCAGCAAAACAAAAUACAGUGACCUAGAGGUUCCAAGGUAAUCUCCCAGAGAUCCAUUUUUGAUGAGAUGUUUUAACAAAUGUGUUUGCUUUCAGCACCAGCUUUUCCCAAUCAUCCAAUUUGUCCAGUCAUUUUGGUGGAUAAAUGGUGCAAAGGAAUAAAGAGACCUCUGCGUGCAUUCAACAGUUUCUGUCAAAGAAAGCCGUACAUUUUUAGAGCAACAAAUAAGGGCUUUGCACAUUGGCACAGUAAGCUUAAUAGCUCCGGGGGUAAUCAUACAAGACAUCCCAUUGAGUACAUUGUAAGCCUUGAGGGAUGUACCGCUAAGGGAACUGUCAUAUUACAUUAAAUAUUUGUGAUUUCAAUCCCAGUACUAGCUUUAGAGAUACCUCUUGUACCAAACUAGUGUAAGCAGUUUUGUCAGUGCCUCUCAAAAAUGCCGCAUGUCAAUUAUGAAGUGGCUUUGUGGUUUAUAAGCACAAGAAAUCCAAAAGAUAUAUUCUUUUUAUUUAAUGGCUAGCCUAUUAAUAAAAAAAAGGAUCAGUUUUAUUGUAAAUAGACUGUUGCAGCUUCUGCUAAACUGCGGCUUAUACUCUUUUGAACCAGUAUAUCAAUAUCGGAUUGCAACUGCAGUAGCAUUAAAAGGACAAAAAGAAAAUAAGACAAAUGGAGGACUUUGAAACUAGACAUAAAUGAAACUAAAAUUGACUGACUGGAUAGGCUAUAUGUUUUUCAGUAGGAUUUAGGAUACAAAAAAUUGGUUCGUAGUGGAAGUCAGACUGGCAGAAUAGAUAAAAUGCUAUUUUGCAACAAUUAUAUAUUUUUUUUCUCUCUUGUCCCACUUAAUUGUGCUAGGCCUGGAAAAGACUAAUUUACAUAUCAGUAAUUAUGUGUUGUUGUAAAUAAUAAUUGAAUAUGUCAAAGUGGAAUCAUUAUUGUUGUCUUUUAAUUGUUGAAAUGUUACAGCUGUCACAGUGUAGCUAAAAACAUGCAAGAAAUGAUUAUUUUAAAACUUGAUAGGAAAGGAUUUAAACUGUGAACUAUGUACCCUGGUAGGUUUUGUUAAAUAUGUCUUAUGCAGUACAAUGGUAUCCCAAACAAUUAGCAGCAUUAAUUUGCAUUCUUUAGAUAUGUUUAAUUACAGUCUCCAUUUAAAUUGAAAUUGCUCUUUUUUGUACUUCCUGCAAGGCAGAUGUAAAGUCUACCAGCAAUUUAAUAUAGACAGGUAGAAUAUACCUCAAAUUGAAAGAGUUGCUUAUAUAACUGCAGUUUUCUUAAGGGGCUGGUGAAACACUGAGAGAAAUGACUUUUUAAAAAAUUGCUAUGUUUAUAAUUAAAAGAAAGAAGAGUAAGGAGGAUAUGUACAGUUUUCAUCUUGAAGUCAGCUAAUCUUUUUUUAUUUUUAUUUGACUAAUCACACUUUUACUGAAGAGAAGGCAUGCAGAAUGAAGUACCAAGUACGUGCCUCAAUGAUAAUUCUAAUUUAAUAAGACUUGCACAAAUCCAGAGCCUUUUCCGAUAUGGACCUGCAUGGCAUUAAAAAAAUAACAAGCAUGCAUGGCUUUGUUUGAUGGAAACUGUUCUAAAUGAGAGGCAGGGGCAAAGACAUACUGUAAUGCCUGAGCACAUCAAAAGCUGGCUGAUUGAGAUGUACCUCUACAGGUGCCUAAAUUGAGGGGCUUUUAAUAAAAAGGGUGCUCUGCAGAGACGUGUAAAACAGUAUAAUACUUUGUGUUGAUCAGAUGCUUUUACAUAGCAUCCUGUGAACUGUAAUGCAGAACUGAUUAUUGCAGUAAUCUAGUAAUGUAGUGUAAUACAUGGGAGGUGUACUGCAAAGCACUGUUAUCAUCUAUGAACAAAACAUUCAGAUUUGCAACUGUUUCAGCAAGGACAUUGUAUUGAUAUCGGCUAUCUUUACUAGAAAAAAAAACAAAAAACCCUACAUUAUUUGUGUCUCCUAUUCAUGGGAUCAUGUCUUCUCUUAUAACCAUGCUUUGUGUCCAACUUGGGUAAUCUUUUAUAUCCAUAAUGGUUUGAACUAAGUGGCUUUGUAAUAGCUAACUACCUUGAAUUAUUACAUAAUUAGACAUUUUUGUAGUAAGUACUCACUGGCUAAAAAGAGAAAUGUUACUGUAACAUUUUAUUUGGGGGACAAUAAUUCCAUAAAUGGGUAAGGUGGUAAUGUUGUGAUUAGGUCCAUUUCUGGGUUAAAUGUUUCUGGUAGUAUUGAUGACAAAGUACAUUUGUAUCUGUAACUUUGCACAAACUAUUGUUUACUCAUUGAAUAAGCUUCACAACAAGCAGUAUGACUUUUCUGUAUUUCUUGUUGUUCUAAUUUACCUAUAAAGCACAUUCUGUAUGUACCGUAUAAAAAUAUAUAUAUAUAUAUAUAUAUAUAAUCAGUUUAGUAGACUUUCUUUUUUUCCCUACUUUUCUCAGUUGUAAUUAUUUAUGGAUUCAAAAACAAAAAGAAAUUUCAACAAUACAUUGUUAAAUAACUGCACAACAAGAUGCUCUGGGGUUGCUAGUCAAAUGUUUCCUUUCAUUAGACGUUUUUAUGUUCAGUACGUUGUUAUAAAAGGCAUAGACCCCAGCUUGCUUCCACUUGUCUGCUUCCUCACUGCAGCUGUACACCUGUGCUCUCUCUAAGCUGUACCAUGGAGUUCUUAUAUCAUUGAAGGAAACCAGUUGCUCACCUUGUUGAGACAGGCAUGAGGCACAGUUUUCCUACAUGCUAAUGUUCCUACUGAUCUGUAUUUUGUAUAUAAAACACUUGUGGAAUAAUAUAUGGUACAUCACACAUUUUACUGGAAUGCUGGAGUUAUUCCUCCAAUGUAGGUAGCUGAAUAAGACGAGCCCCCGAAGGAGGCAAGUGGUUCAUGA